CCCGGGCUGCCGCCGGGCUUCUCCUGAGGACCCGGGGCGAGUCCGUGUGCCCCGGCGCGCUGAGGCGAGGACACCCGCCAGUUGGGAGCAACUUGGGACUCGGCGCCCGCAGCAGGGCCGUGGGUUUGCUGUCUGGACGCGGCGCGGAGGAUGGAAAUCCUGUAGAAUGUGGAAGCCAUUAGCAGAGUAAUUGCUGUCUGUUACCAUGACAACCAGCCGCUGCAGUCACCUGCCCGAAGUGCUGCCAGACUGCACCAGCUCAGCUGCGCCUGUGGUGAAGACCGUGGAGGAUUGUGGUAGCCUAGUGAAUGGGCAGCCACAGUAUGUCAUGCAAGUUUCAGCCAAGGACGGGCAGCUGCUGUCAACAGUAGUACGGACUCUUGCCACCCAGAGCCCCUUCAAUGACCGGCCAAUGUGCAGGAUUUGCCACGAGGGUAGCAGCCAAGAGGACUUGCUUUCUCCGUGUGAAUGUACGGGGACCUUGGGGACAAUUCAUCGAAGCUGCCUCGAGCACUGGCUGUCAUCCUCAAACACCAGCUACUGUGAACUCUGCCACUUCAGGUUUGCAGUGGAGCGCAAACCCAGGCCUUUAGUGGAGUGGCUCAGAAACCCAGGCCCCCAGCAUGAGAAGCGGACUUUGUUUGGAGACAUGGUGUGCUUCUUGUUCAUCACCCCCCUGGCCACCAUCUCAGGCUGGCUCUGCCUGCGGGGUGCCGUGGACCACCUGCACUUUAGUAGUCGGCUCGAAGCCGUCGGACUGAUUGCACUCACUGUUGCACUCUUCACUAUUUACCUCUUUUGGACACUAACUGUGAAGUUUCCCAAAGUAGGUUCGAAAAAGAAGGAAAAAAAAAAGCGAAAGCCAAAAGUGGAAGUAACUCAUCUGUGGGCAUGGAGGAGCCCCAGGAGAGGAUGAAGUGAAACAGCAACCAGCUGCUGGCACUUUGGUGAGAGGCCAGCUAGAGGCCCUUCUCCUCCCAGGGCCCCUGUGCUCCCCUUGGGCAAUGGCUUCCGGCAGCUCCAGCUCCAGCUCCGUCUUGGCCCUGACAUGCCACACGGCUUCCAGAGCAGCAUCGUCUUCCAGAGCAGACCAGACAUCGUCUUCAGCCCACCCUCAUCACUGAGUGUCCCCAGGCCGAAAGAAUCUGCAGAGGAAAGACAUCUGGGAAAGGUAAUCGGCACGUUGCUGCUGUUUCACUUUAAUCCAGAGUGUUUCCAGAAACUAUCUGAAGAUCAGUCACCCAUUUGUUGCCCCAGUGCUGGACAAGAAAGGUAGAGUUGUGAUUUCUUACCUUAAGUGGGAUGCCAGGUGGGCCAGCUGGUAGAGAUGGGGUUCAGGAUUUCUGAUGAGAGGUGGGGAGAAAGGAUGGAGCUGGCUGGAUGCCAUCCUCCAGCAAGCACAGGGAGUACAGACCAGCAGGCUGCUGGUGGGAGGGCUGGUGCUGCGGAGGCCGGGCUCGGGCUCGUGAAGGCUGGAGUCGUGGUUAGUGCACUCUAGGUAGUGAUGCUCUCCAGAAUGUGUCAGCUCUACGGAAAAACGUGGCUGUGCUGCAGUCCGGUUUUUUUAUUUUCUGGAUUUAAAACAACGCUCGGUGUCUGGGAUUUGGCUUUGGGACAUACUGCCUUUCCUUUACUCUUUAGUCGUGGGGUGAUUCAGUUCUUUGCUUCCCUGUGCGACAACCUGAGAGAACCAGCUACCUGGGUUUGAAUGCUGGCUCUGUGGUGUCCCAGCUGUGGAUUGUGAACAAGCAACCCCACCUAUCUGUGCCUUUCUGCCUCUGCAAAACAGGGAUGAUAUUUACCUCAGUCCCUGUAAUAUCUAUAAGGCUUUGCUCCCCGCUACUCAUGAAUGAACAGCGGUAUCUUCCCCCAGCCCGUCUCAUCUGUUGGAAGGGAUUAUUGCUAAUGUGUGGGUUAUUUUGCCCUAGCCUGGGUUUUCACAAAUGACUUUGAUAACUGAUUUGAAGGACCAUAAACAAGUGGUUUUAAGUCCUUUUCAAAAAGAAGAGGGAUUAAUUUUAAAUAACAGACACUUACUGGGCACACUGUGUUUGGGACUAAAAAGAACUGCAAGAGACCCUUCUGGAGGCUGAAAUUACUGACUUGAUUGAAAUCUUUGAAUUAUGUGUAGAUUUAAUUUUCCUUGCAUUUUCUGAUACUGGAGCCUAUGGCUAAUUGAAAAUUCAUCACAGAUUUUUUUUUUUAAUUGCUAGU